AUGGCUUCCGCACUCGUUGGCAAACUUGUUCUUGUGAUGGUGGCCAUCCUAGGACUCUGGGCCUCCCAGGCAUGGUCGCGGGAGCUCCAGGAAGCGACCAUGCGAGAGAGGCACGAGCAGUGGAUGGUUCGCCACGGGCGGGUGUAUGCAGACGCCGCCGAGAAGGAGCGGCACUUCUCGAUCUUCAAGGACAACGUUGAGUACGUCGAGUCCUCCAACAAGGAUGGGAGCAAACCGUACCAGCUAGCUCUCAAUGCGUUCGCUGACCUAACGAGCGAGGAGUUCAAGGCCUCGAGGACCGGGUACAAGCGCUCGUCCUCCCUAAGGCCGGCAAGUGCUAAACCGUUCCGAUACGAGAGUGUGACAGCUGUUCCAGCAAGCAUGGACUGGAGAAAGAAAGGAGCCGUCACGCCUGUUAAGGACCAAGGCCAAUGCGGAUGUUGCUGGGCUUUCUCCGCUGUGGCGGCCAUGGAAGGGAUUACCCAACUCACGACCGGGAAACUGAUCUCCUUGUCCGAGCAAGAGCUAGUGGAUUGCGACACAAGCGGCGAAGAUCAGGGUUGUGGGGGCGGCCUCAUGGACGACGCUUUCGAGUUCAUCAUCAGCAACCACGGCCUCACGACCGAGGCCAAUUACCCUUACCAAGCUGUCGACAACACCUGCAAUGCCCGGAAAGCAGCCUCGAGCGCCGCGAAAAUCACCGGAUACGAAGACGUGCCUUCCAACAGCGAGUCCGCUCUUCUGAAGGCAGUAGCACAACAGCCCAUCUCCGUGGCCAUCGAUGCGGGCGAAUCGGAUUUCCAAUUCUACUCCAGCGGUGUUUUCACCGGGGAAUGUGGGACCAGUUUGGACCAUGGGGUCACCGCGGUUGGGUACGGGACGAGCGAGGACGGAACCAAGUACUGGUUGGUCAAAAACUCGUGGGGCACCGGAUGGGGCGAGGAGGGAUACAUCAGGAUGAAGAGGGACAUUGGUGCUGCGGAAGGUCUUUGCGGCAUUGCCAUGGAGGCUUCAUAUCCAACUGCAUAAUUGCUUGGGACAACAAACCACUGUCAUGUUAAUACAGAGAUUUGGUCAUGGUAAACGUUUGUGUGUGUGUGUGUGUGUGCAUUUGUGCAUUUAGGUCUAGGUUUGUGAACUUUCUUAUUCCUUGUGUAUGCUUGUACUACGUAAGGCUUGCAUGUGCAUGAAGACAUUGGUCUCAUGUUGUAUAUGAACCCUAAGUAUGAAUGCAAGUGAAUGCUUUCAAUUAA